AUGGUGACUGGGGGGUCCUGGAGGGCAUUUAGGGGAUUUUGGAGGGAAUUGAGGGGCAUCUGGGAGGUCCUAGAGAAGAACUUGGGGGAUCCAAGAGGGAUCUUGGAAGUCCUGAAAGGAUUUGGGGGGGGGUCUCGGGUCCCUCCAUGUGUCUCUGUCCCCCCUCCCCAGGAAGGGGACCACAUUGGAUUGACGAGGAAAGCCAACAACGCUCUGCAUUUCUACAUCAACGGAGUCGAUCAAGGGGUGGCCACGACGCUGACCCCACUGGUGGUGUACGGGGUGGUGGAUCUGUACGGCAUGGCAGUGAAGGUGACCAUCGUCCACACGCACAACGCCAGCGACCGCCUGCGCCGCACCAACGCCAUCCUGCGGGCCCUGUCCCCUCCUUGUCCCCCCCAGCAGACCCCCGCCACUUCCGGACCCCCCCUGACCCCUCCCGUCCCCCGUCUGCAGUUUCAUCCCAACUGUGGGCAGAAGGCAGCUGUGGUCAAUGAAGGCAGGACGGCGCUGCGGCCGCACGCCACGGAUGACUUCAACCACGGCGUGGUGCUGAGCGCGCGGGCGCUGCGGGACAACGAGCUGUUCCAGGUGCGAAUCGACAAGAUGGUGGACAAGUGGGCGGGCUCCAUCGAGAUCGGGGUCACCACCCACAGCCCUGCACACCUCCAGCUGCCCUCCACCAUGACCAACCUGCGCUCCGGCACGUGGAUGAUGACAGGCAAUGGGGUGAUGCACAACGGGACCACCGUCCUCGAUGAGUACGGCCACAACCUGGACCGGCUGAAGGCAGGUGACACGGUGGGGGUGGUGCGGCGGGACGAUGGCACCCUGCACUUCUUUGUCAACGGCGCUGCACAGGGCCCUGCAGCCUGGAAUGUGCCCCCAAACGUCUACGCUGUCGUCGACCUCUAUGGGCAGGCAGCUCAGGCCACCAUCGUGGAGGACGGUGAGCUGCCACCAGAGCUGUCCCCAGGGGGGUCUCCUCUGUCCCCUCCGGUGCCAUCCCCCGGGGGGGGCUCGGAGCUGCGUUUCCAUCGACGCCACGGGGCCAACGCUCUGCUGACCAACGGUGGCCGCACGGCGCUGCGCCAGAACUGCCGCGCCGAGUUCAACGACGCCAUCGUGGUCUCCAACAGGGCACUGCGGGACGGGGAACUCUUUGAGAUCGUCAUCCAGAAGAUGGUGGAUCGCUGGUCAGGGUCCAUCGAGGCAGGUGUCACCGCCAUCCGCCCCGAGGAGCUGGAGUUCCCCAACACCAUGACUGACAUCGACUACGACACCUGGAUGCUCAGGUGACACUUCUCUUGUCCCCAUUAUGGCCCCAUUCGUCCCCAUUACGGCCCCAUUUGUCCCCAUUAUGGCCCCCAUUUGUCCCCACCUUGGUGUGGCAGCGUCCCCCUGGCAUUGUGAUGUCCCCCUGCUGCCCCCAAUGUCCCCAUGUCCCCUUUAAUUCCUCAGUGUUCCUAUGUCCCGUAUCCCAUUGCCCCCCCGUCCCCAUUAUGGCCCCCAAUGUCCCCAUAUCCCAUUGCCCCCC